AUUUCCACCCUCUUCCCCCAUUUCCUCAUUUUCUCUUUCUACGCAGCCAAACACAUCUCUCGCUCUGUCUUCUCAGAUGCAGAGUACCUGCUUUUUCUCUCUCUAAAAUGUCUAUCUCUACAACCUCCUCGUUCUCCUCCCCGCCCUCUCCGCCGCAGCCAAACGACACCUCCGAUGGCACUGCCGAGCGCCGCCUCCGGGAGGCCGAGGAUCGGCUGAGGGAGGCCAUCGAGGAGCUGCAACGCCGGCAGCGCCGCGCACGGCGGGUCCAGCCUCCUUGUGAUCACGCCGACGAGUCUUGCGUCGCCAACGCCAUUGGAAACCUCUGCCAGAGCUUCCUCCUCUCCUACGGUGUUCGCGUUGGCAUUGGAAUUUUGCUCCGCGCUUUCAAGCUCGCUCGCGGACAAUCCUAUUCGUCCCUUCUUGAUCUCAAGCAACUUGUCUCAGAGAAAGAUCUGAUAGUAAGAGAGGAAGCAUGUCGAAUUGGUUUACUUUUUGGAGGAUUUACUGGAUCCUAUCAUGCCCUUAGGUGUUUGUUGAGAAAGUUGAGAAAAAAAGAGACACCAUUAAAUGCAAUUUUAGCAGGUUCAGUAGCAGGUUUGUCUAUUUUGGCAUUGGAUGAUUCGAAUCGGAGGCGUACACUUGCUCUGUAUCUUUUGGCUAGGCUUGCCCAGUGUGCUUAUAACUCCGCAAAGUCCAAGAACAAGUUUCACCUCUGGGGAAGCCAUUGGCGACAUGGAGAUGCAUUGCUUUUUGCCUUUGCAUGCGCACAGGUUAUGUAUUCCUUUGUAAUGCGUCCUGAGAGCUUGCCAAAAUCAUAUCAAGAUUUUAUCCAAAAAACAGGGCCAGUUGCACGACCUGUAUACAAGGCCGUGAGAGAUUGCUGCAGAGGUGGCCCGGUGGAUGUUACCUCGUUAUCUGCUUACCUAUCUAGCAGAAAGAACUCCAACUUUGCAAAAUUGGAAGAAUUUCCUUCAAUUAUUCCCUGCUCCAUAAUUCAUCCACAUACAAAUUCAUGUCUAGUUCACAAUGCUAAUGCAGCAUCAGCAACUUUCAGGAAAACGUUUCCACUUUAUUUCUCUUUGACUUUUGUACCGUUCGUUGUUCUGCAUCUGCAAAAGUUCAUGGAUGCUCCUGUCCGCAUCUGUUGGCAUGCUGUUAGAGGAGCUGUUCGAUCAACAUCAUUUUUGUCAGCUUUUGUAGGAAUAUUUCAGGGGGUUAUAUGUUUGCAUAGAAAGGUGGCAUCAAAGGACCACAAGCUUGUUUAUUGGGUCGCAGGUGGGCUUGCUGCCCUUUCUGUACUACUGGAGAAGAAAGGUAGACGUGGAGAACUUGCCUUGUAUGUUCUUCCUCGAGCUGGAGAUUCUUUGUGGUAUAUAUUAGUGAAUCGUCAUCUGCUUCCAAAUAUCAAGAACGCUGAGGUGGCUCUAUUCUGUGCAUGCAUGGGUGGAAUAAUGUAUUACUUGGAACAUGAACCAGAUACCAUGGCUCCGUUUCUCAGAAGCUUGAUCCGUCGCUUCCUUGCUAGCAGAAUCAGCAAUCCAGCCCCUUCAUCAAAUCGGAGUGCUUCUUACACAUAUCUACAGACUCUCGAUGCCAUCAAAAAGCCAAAAUUGCGAGAGAACCGAGAUGGUGAAACUUCAGCUUCCGAAAAAUACAAUCUCGAAUCCAUACCUGGACUCUGAGCACCUUUUUUUCAAAUGCUCAUUCACAAUGGCUAUGAGAGCUCAAGCUCAACCAUUCCUUUUUAUUGGCUUCAUUUCCAAUUUGUUGCCAGAGCAGCAGAGUUCUGGCACAAUUUAUUAAAACUCAGCCUGAAUGACUGGGUAUUUUACAUCCUCCGGUUGUAGUCAACAUUAUUGAAUCCUUGAGAUUUAAUUCUCAUUCAAUUUUGAGUCCUUUAUUUCGAAAUAUUUUCUGUUUUGAACUAAAACUGUCCGUGGAACAGAAAUUGAAGAAGAAAAAAAAACAAUAUAUUUACAAACCCUGUUAUGGUUUUUGAGAGGGAUUGCCUUUCUGUAAAUAAAUAAGAACAGCUUGUAUUGUUCUGAUAGUGAUUUCUCUGCUAUGCAUGAAGAAGAGAUGGCUGUUAUCUAUCA